UGUGCUGCUGCAGGAGGACACGAACUCUCAUGGCGUCCUGCUGCUUUGUCUUGCUGUCUCUGCUGCUCCUCGCUGCGGGACACAAGUGUCUCUCCGUCCAUCCGUUACUUGUCUUUCUCAUCGAUGGUUUCCGUCAUGACUACAUGGACGACCUGCACUCACUCCCUGCCUUCAAGGAGCUUCUUUCCACAGGAGUCAAAGUGGACUACAUGACGCCGGACUUCCCCACGUUGUCUUAUCCCAACUACUACUCAUUAAUGACUGGCCGUCACUGUGAAGUUCAUCAGAUGAUUGGAAACUACAUGUGGGAUGAAUCCUCUGGGAAAGAGUUUCUGAUUGGCUCCAAUCCUGACAGCAGAUUACCGCUUUGGUGGAAUGGAUCAGAACCAUUAUGGAUUACUUUGCAGAAACUUGGAAAGAAGGUUUUCAUGUACUACUGGCCAGGCUGUGAGGCAGAGAUUCUCGGAGUUCGCCCAACCUUCUGUGAAGAAUAUGUCUACAACCCAUCAAUACAAAACCUAACUUAUUCAAUUGAAAAUGCUCUCAACAUCCUCAGGUCAGGUGGUGCGAGCAUGGCAGCCAUAUAUUAUGAGAACGUGGAUGUGGAAGGACACCACUUUGGCCCAGACUCUCCUCAGAUCAAAAUAGCGCUACAACAGCUGGACUUGGCCAUGCAGACGCUCAACAACAAAAUCAAAGAGAAGAAUAUGGUGAAUAAAAUCAACAUUGUGAUGUUUUCCGACCAUGGCAUGACAAAAAUUGAUUGGAUGGAGAAAGUCAUCGAGCUGGACAAGUACAUCAACAUGUCAGAUGUUGUCAAGAUGAUGGACAAAGGACCAGUUGUGAGUUUGUGGGUCAAAGGAGAUAAGUUCCAACAGGUACAUGCUGCUUUGUCCAAAGUCCCUAACAUGCAUGUUUAUACCAGAGAGGACAUCCCUGAACGCUUCCAUUACAGAGGCGGAAAGUUUGUAGCCCCAAUGACCCUGGUGGCUGAGCCAGGCUGGUUUAUCACCCAGAAUAAGGCCAAACUCCCGUACUGGAACAAUGACAGCAGUGAGCAGCCCCUGGCUUGGCAAAAUGGUUGGCAUGGUUACGACAAUGAAUUCCUCGACAUGGGCGGCUUUUUCUUGGCUGCAGGACCUGACUUCAAACAGAAUGUUCGGGCUCCACCGAUCCGAGCAGUGGACGUCUAUAACGUGCUUUGCCGCAUACUGGGAGUGGAACCUCUGCCAAAUAACGGGUCCUGGUCUCGGGUGGGGAACCUCCUGAACGGCUGCGGUGGUCCACACGUGCCUAUAACCCAGCUGACCUGCUGGAUGGCUUUGUUAGGCACCCUGCUGGCACUGUGGCAAUGACAGGUGUCUUAAUGUCUAUAGUGAGAAGUCAGAAACAUCUGGAACACCAAAUCAUGAAUCUUGAGCCGUGCUCUAAUUUCAUUACACUUUAAUUUCCACUGGUAUUUUAUAUACGAUUUUAUAUAUGAUAUCAGAAAAGAUGGCUCUUUUUUUGAUAUGAGCUAAUGACUUAGAGGACAUUUUGACUGAAAUAUACAAACCCCGUUUCCAUAUGAGUUGGGAAAUUGUGUUAGAUGUAAAUAUAAACGGAAUACAAUGAUUUGCAAAUCCUUUUCAACCCAUAUUCAAUUGAAUGCACUACAAAGACAACAUAUUUGAUGUUCAAACUCAUAAACUUUAUUUUUUUUUUGCAAAUAAUAAUUAACUUAGAAUUUCAUGGCUGCAACACGUGCCAAAGUAGUUGGGAAAGGGCAUGUUCACCACUGUGUUACAUGGCCUUUCCUUUUAACAACACUCAGUAACCGUUUGGGAACUGAGGAGACACAUUUUUUAAGCUUCUGAGGUGGAAUUAUUUCCCAUUCUUGCUUGAUGUACAGCUUAAGUUGUUCAACAGUCCGGGGGUCUCCGUUGUGGUAUUUUAGGCUUCAUAAUGCGCCACACAUUUUCAAUGGUAGACAGGUCUGGACUACAGGCAGGCCAGUCUAGUACCCGCACUCUUUUACUAUGAAGCCACGUUGAUGUAACACGUGGCUUGGCAUUGUCUUGCUGAAAUAAGCAGGGGCGUCCAUGGUAACGUUGCUUAGAUGGCAACAUAUGUUGCUCCAAAACCUGUAUGUACCUUUCAGCAUUAAUGGCGCCUUCACAGAUGUGUAAGUUACCCAUGUCUUGGGCACUAAUACACCCCCAUACCAUCACAGAUGCUGGCUUUUCAACUUUGCGCCUAUAACAAUCCGGAUGGUUCUUUUCCUCUUUGGUCCGGAGGACACGACGUCCAAAGUUUCCAAAAAUAAUUUGAAAUGUGGACUCGUCAGACCACAGAACACUGUUCCACUUUGUAUCAGUCCAUCUUAGAUGAGGUCAGGCCCAGCGAAGCCGACGACGUUUCUGGGUGUUGUUGAUAAACGGUUUUCGCCUUGCAUAGGAGAGUUUUAACUUGCACUUACAGAUGUAGCGACCAACUGUAGUUACUGACAGUGGGUUUCUGAAGUGUUCCUGAGCCAAUGUGGUGAUAUCCUUUACACACUGAUGUCGCCUGUUGAUGCAGUACAGCCUGAGGGAUAGAAGGUCACGGCCUUAGCUGCUUACGUGCAGUGAUUUCUCCAAAUUCUCUGAACCCUUUGAUGAUAUUACGGACCGUAGAUGGUGAAAUCCCUAAAUUCCUUGCAAUAGCUGGUUGAGAAAGGUUUUUCUUAAACUGUUCAACAAUUUACUCACGCAUUUGUUGACAAAGUGGUGACCCUCGCCCCAUCCUUGUUUGUGAAUGACUGAGCAUUUCAUGGAAUCGACUUUUAUACCCAAUCAUGGCACCCACCUAUUCCCAAUUAGUCUGCACACCUGUGGGAUGUUCCAAAUAAGUGUUUGAUGAGCAUUCCUCAACUUUAUCAGUAUUUAUUGCCACCUUUCCCAACUUCUUUGUCACGUGUUGCUGGCAUCAAAUUCUAAAGUUAAUGAUUAUUUGCACACAAACAUUUUUUUAUCAGUUUGAACAUCAAAUAUGUUGUCUUUGUAGCAUAUUCAACUGAAUAUGGGUUGAAAAUGAUUUGCAAAUCAUUGAAUUCCGAUUAUAUUUACAUCUAACACAAUUUCCCAACUCAUAUGGAAACGGGGUUUGUAAUUAUCCAGCAGUAUUUUCAUGCCCUUGAAUUCAGAGCUUUUUUUGGAUUUCUAAGAUACACUGGUAUGAAUAAAUUACAUAAGUAUUUGUCUUUUA